AUGGAUAGCCUUACCAAGGCUGAGCACUUCAUAGUGUUUGUGGUGUCCUUGGCGGUGAUCGCAGCGGGCACCCAGGGGAACGUCUUUGCCACCUCUGCCCUGCGCAGCAUGCGGUUCCUCCAGAUCCUCCGGAUGGUACGCAUGGACAGACGAGGAGGCACCUGGAAACUACUGGGCUCUGUGGUCUACGCCCACAGCAAGGAGCUGAUUACAGCGUGGUACAUUGGUUUCCUGGUCCUGAUCUUUGCCUCCUUCCUGGUCUACCUGGCAGAGAAAGACGUCAACACAGAGUUCAACACCUACGCAGACUCCCUCUGGUGGGGAACGAUAACUCUCACCACCAUCGGCUACGGUGACAAGACACCCCGCACCUGGUUGGGGAGACUUCUGGCUGCCGGCUUCGCUCUCCUGGGCGUGUCCUUCUUCGCCCUUCCUGCCGGUAUCCUGGGGUCAGGCUUUGCCCUGAAGGUGCAGGAGCAGCACAGACAGAAGCACUUUGAGAAGAGGAGGACUCCUGCUGCCAGCCUUAUACAGGCUGCGUGGCGUCUGUACUCUACUGAUGCUCAGCACUCCUACCUGACAGCCACAUGGUACUUCUAUGACAGCAUGCUUCCAUCCUUCAGAGAACUGACGCUACUGUUCAGUCACCUUCAGCGACGGCGUAGCGCCAAGAAGGUCCUUCACAACUCCCACCACACCCUGCUGUCUGGGCUACGGCCCUACAGCUCCCCCUACCUGUCAGGGGACAGCAGCAAAAUAGGUUUUCGAGACCGGAUGCGGAUGAACAACUCUCGGUCGUCUCAGGCGAUCCGGAACAAGGCGUCUCCACUGCCUCCCGGGACGAGUUUCCGCCAGUCGCCCAGCACGGAGAAUGUCCCAGAAGCCACCAGUCCCGGGAAGGUGCAGAAGAGCUGGAGCUUCAACGACCGCACGCGGUUCCGCACCUCUCUACGGCUCAAACCCAGACCUCCUGCAGACGUGGAAGGAGUAGGGGAGGACAGUGUUGAAGACAAACCAUAUUGUGAUGUAGCCAUGGAAGAGGUGAUCCCAGCAGUGAAGACCUUGAUACGGGCUGUCAGGAUUCUGAAGUUCCUGGUGGCCAAGAGGAAGUUUAAGGAGACUCUGCGUCCGUACGACGUGAAGGACGUCAUAGAGCAGUACUCUGCUGGACAUCUGGACAUGCUGGGGAGGAUCAAGAGUCUACAAACCAGAGUUGAUCAGAUAGUGGGUCGGGGAUCGUCCUACCAGCCAGAUAAUAAGAAGGUGAGGAGUGAGAAGGGAGAGAAGACCCCUCCAGAACUGGACCUUCUGGACGAGCUCAGUAUGAUGGGACGGGUCAUUAAGGUGGAGAAACAGGUGCAGUCGAUAGAGGACAAGCUGGACCUCCUUCUUAACUUCUACACCCAGUGUCUGAAGAAAGGCUCAUCCAACUUCACCCUGUCCUCCCUGUUGGAACCAGACCUGACGUCAGACUACCACAGCCCCACGGACCACCGCGACCUCUUCCCCUCUGCCAACACACUCAACAUCUCCCACUCAGAGUCCAGCAAUAUGGAGUGACUGGUAGUGUACUCACUGACUGGGGCUGGGGUUGGGGUGGGUAUGAACUGGGCCCACCACUAGACCCUCACCUCAAUGUUUUUAAGCCUUGAGAUGUCAUGUCACUAUACUGGACUGUAGCAGCACUCCUGGAACAAACCUCUAUGCCCAUAUCUAUUUGCAGUUGUAACCAUUGACCUUUCUACUGAUCACCAAACCAAUUAGAUUCCUAACUUAGAAUCCUCUUUCUAGGAAUUCAGAAUCCACACGUUAGAACCCACACCUAUUAGUUCCUCCCUCCACAUAUUUAAAAUCCUCUGCUUCAUAUGUUAGAGCCACCAAUAGUGGAUAAUUCAUCAUGCUAUCCUCUCUCUAUUUUAGUGCUGAGCGAUUAACCAAAAUGUUGGUUAUUGUUCACCAACGUCGGGUCAGUUAUCUGAAUUCCAUUUCAUUCUGUUUUUAUCUGUGAGCUCAGAGAUUAAUCAUAUUGACCGAACUGUGCGAUGUAGUAGGGAGUUGUAGUUUCCAACAGGCCAAUGGACUCUACAAGGUAUCGAAAGCAUUCCACAGGGAUGAUGGCCCAUGUUGACUCCAAUGCUUCGGUCAAUCUGGAGGCGAAAGAACCAUACACCUGUUUAGGCGAGGUGCUGGCUAGCGGAGUAGAACACCUGUUUAGGUGAGGUGCUGGCUAGCAGAGUAGA